GGCUGAUACAAAGUUAUAGUUCCACAGCUGACAGAAUAAUGGAGUCUUUGACUGUGGACUCAUCCUGGAGUAUCGCCUUUUAUUAAUAGAAUUGCAGAGCGAUGUAGGUGAUUCACAGACUGAACCAUGGAUGACAAACAGAAUGUAACCAAUAUGAACAUAUGUGAAGGUGAUGAGGUACCAAAGCUGCAGAGCUCAGAAUCCACAUUCUCAGAGUUGGAUGCCGAAGCUGCAGAUAAAACAGGAUCUUUGACUGAAGUCAACAGUACGGGAGAGGAGACAUCCACAGAGGAAACUAAACUGUCUUUAGCUGAUGUCUCUCUGAAUUUAUCACCAAAGGAGAACUCUGUAGAAAACUGUGUGCAGCUUGGGUUUAAAGGUGGUCUGUCUACAGCGGUCUAUGUCUGCAGCCGCUGUUCUCUGGAGGGACACCAGCCAAAACCUUUACACACCCUGCUGCAACCCUUCCAAGAGAUCCAUGCACUUCCUGAUGUGAGCAAAUCAUUCACAUCAACCAGGAGUCAAGACCACCUGAAAACCUCCACAGCUCACACUGAAGCAGAUGGAAGCGACAUUUGUGCUGCGAUCCUGCUGGGGUGUCUCUUCUGCCGUCCCUUGGACUGCCUGCUGGAGACCUUCAGAGGUUGUACCAUGUGCCUCUGGUCGUUGUGCUCCUCUCUGUGUGGCUGCGAGUCUGUUGCUCUUCAGCCUCUCCUGGAUCUCACCCAAAGCUGCAACCCGUGUGCGUUUCAAAGCGCUCGCUGCUUCCUGUGCGACUGCACCACCUGCGACAUCUGCCUCCCAGCCACCGAGUGUCUGGACCUCGCUAUGGAGAUCUCUCAAAUGCUCUACCACUGACAUUACACAUCAAAAUAAGAGACAGACAUGAGCUGAAGUAACUCAUUUAUUUAGUUAAAAUCUUAACGAAAGCCAAAUCAUGGCGACAAGACACACAUUUUUGUGUUUAACUGUCUAUUUUAGCACUCAAACAUACCAGGACAUGUGGUGGAUAAUAUUGCAUAUUUGCAGAAAACAUGUACAGACAAUAAAAAGGCAGAGGUGUUUGGUGUAGAGCAGGUCCAGAUUUUGAAUGUACACCUUAAACAUCAUCAUUCCAAACUUUGAGCAAUACACAGAUGAGUAUUGCUGCUGUAACCUCCUAAUGGACAUACAAAACUAAAUCAGCAUAAAAAAACAAAACAUCAAUGAACUGCAUACAAGAUUGUGUUAAGCAUUUUAAUUUUUGUGCCUGUAGAGCUGAUUUGCAGGAUCCACUCAGUCAUCAAUUUUUCUUCUUUUUUUUAAACUCUGAGGUGAAGCUAGUGGUUUCUUUUAAAGAGAGCUGGGGCCCUCUGAAGUCCAUACUAGAAAGAACAUUAAUGCAUGAUUCCAUCAUUCAAAAAUAAAACAAUCUGUGUAAAACAUG